UCGCCGAAUAUUUUGGUGAAAAAAACACUGACUGCAAAAUUUAAGUAAUGCAUUUUCCCCCAAUUUUUAACAAAAUAUUGCUAUUGUUCCCAAUUCCAUGGGUAUGGGUCAUGUUUCCAAAAUCCUGGAAAAAAACCCUGAAGUUUCCUCUUUUCUCAGCACCAUGACAACCGUUUCCUGCGAUCAACCUCCCGGAUAGUCAGUUUCUUCCUUGCUACUCGUCGCCUAAAUCCAUGCUUAUGUAAAUAAAAUUGUAAUGUCCUUUUAGCUAGUGGCCUGUCUCUGUUUUCUUUAAAUUUAGUUGUUAUAUCUUGUAAACUGUCUCUCCUAUUCCUUUUAACUAACCUUUCUAACCUCCUAUACUCCCUUGCUGUCACAGUUGGUUUUCUACCACUUCGUGGAAUAUUUUCUAUAGAAUCUCUCUGCUCAAUUCUCUUCUUUAAACUUCCAACGGUCGAUUUAGGCACAUUUAAAGUAUUUGAUACAAAAUCAAUUGUUUUACCUUCUUCAAAUGAUUUUUGAGCAUUUUUUUUACCUCUGGCAUUAAUUCUUUCCUGUCCGCUCGAUGUUUAAUUUUCGUUCUUUAGAUUUACUUAAAAGCGAAAUGGGAAGUACGAUUUCUGUUUGCAUGAGAAAAUCCGCCUUCGGAUCAUCCGUACAUCAAUAUUAAAUCAACAAAAAUGACUAUAAGUGGCAGUCCUAGUUUAACGGUAUAUUUCCGCAUUGUAACCGAUGUUUUAAAUCAAAUUUAAUCUUUUUACGAGAUGAUUACUUUUACUGAACCCCAGGUUUAGUGCACCGUAAAGCAAAAACGGUUAAAGUGUGUUUGCACAAGAAAAUAUCACAUUUGCUGUGUUCCGGAUACCAACUAUAAAACUGUGACGUAGCGCAUACACGAGCUAAUUAUAGUCUUCAUUUGCAUGUUAAAAUUCGUAUACAAACUUUAGUGUUACCGUGGGGUUUCCCGUUUAAAAUCCUAAUUUAUGAACAAUAUUUGAUGAGAUUUACAAGUUACAACAAUACUAUUAAACAGGUUAAAGAAACUGUAGAAUGUUUGAUUUUUAGGCCGACGGCAAAAUAUUUUUACAUAUUUAUUUAAUGUAGCUUUAAAGUACAAUAGCUACAUUGAUAAACAGCUGUAAUGUUGUUAUAAUGAAAGCGAUGUACAGUCCAAUACUGUUAAAGUAGCACAACAUAACCGUUAUAUAAUUUAAAAUCCAGACGUCUGGACCGGGGAAAAAACAAAAAACAAAACCGGGAAAUUUUCUGCUACCUUUGAGUAAUACACUUGUUCUGGUUUAUAGAUUUUAAGGUCAAUCAUGAAUUGCAUGAAUUGCUGAAUUAUUUAUGUGACAUUCAUAAAUGGAAAAUCAAAUACAUGUAGGUUUAUACCGUAGCAUAAAAAAGCUGUAAUUCAGGCUGUAGCGACUUAAUAUUCGCGGAAUUCGCGGUUACUACAAAUCCGUGAAAGUUUUUCUCCGCGAAAAUGCCGACGUUGUGAAAAACGGGAAGUAUUGUAUCCGCGAACAUUUCUAGGAAUACAGUAUAUGGUGGCGGGCCAAAUAAGGCUUACAUUCCCGGUAGAAAGUACAACCAGGAUAUAAUUUAUUUAAAUUUAGUCCAAACAGUAUUUCCUUGUUAUCUUUAACAAAGAAAUGCAAAUUAAAAAUCAUAUCUAUAACUAAGUAUAAGACAAGGAAGGAAACUAUAUAUAAUGUAAAUAAUUGACUGAUUUGGCUUUUAUGCAGGCUUGUUCUGGCUUUUACAGGCUUCAUGAUGACCAAAACGAAACUGUAUACACAUAUGACAAAGAAAAGAAUUCAAAUUGAAUAUCAAACAAUUUAAUACUUUAAUGAUUUAAAAUUAAUUGAGUUAAUAAUGUUAAUUUCCAUUACACCCAAAAUAUAGGCCUCUUUGUAACAAGCAUGGAAUGCUGUGUCUAUUUUUAGUGACAUCUUUGUGUUUUCCAAUAUCUAAAUCCUGCCAUUCAACAGUUCUAGCUGAUUAUUUAAAGAUUAAUUUCAAUGCAGUCAGCUUCAAAAUGUUUUUUGAAACACAAUGUCCGGUAAAUUGAGUUGUCGACUGGAUGUUUAUAAUGACCUACUUUGAAGACACAUUUUUAUGGUCAAAAUGUUAAAUUUUGUGUUUGAUAAAAUCACGUUUACAUUUUCAAGCUGAACUUAUAAGUAACAUAUAAGUGACUUAUUUAGUCACAGUCAGGAGGAAACUACAUUUCAUCCUUUUCAUAUAUUUACACCUGCAAAUGUAAUUGAAAUCAAGAUUAGAAAAGAGUCAAAAUAAAGUUUUCAUGACAUACAGAAUAUGCAAUGAGUCAAAUACAAACAAGCACAGUAACAUUAACCAGAAUAUUUUUGCUUUGUAUUAAUGUUUUACAUGUUUACACAAUGGAUGUGAAACGGCAGAGAGAAAGGUUUAAACCAGACUACAAAGUUUACCACAAUUUAACAUCAGCUUCCAUGACAAUAGAACAUUUUCUUGAGGCAAAUAGAGGUUUUGUAAGAUAUGUAGAACCUGAAAAAUAUUUAUCAAAACUUGGAAAAAAACAGCAUGUUUUACGUGUAACAAAUUUUGAAAAUGUUAAUCUGAAGAAUUCAGAUCGAGUUAAAGUGCUUUUGUCUUUUGGUGAACAUGCAAGAGAAUUUUUACCUGUUGAAUCAUUAUUUCAAAUGCUUAAAAAGUUACUCUUUAGUUGGCAAACUUCUGAAGACCCUGAUGUAGAUCUGAACCAGUUAGAUAUAUACAUAGUUGCAAUAGCUAAUCCAGAUGGUAGACAGCAUGUUGAAACAUCAAACAAUUAUUGUUGGAGAGGUACAAGCUCUGGGGUAGAUUUAAAUAGAAACUUUGAUUGGGAAUUUGGAGGAAAAGGCAGCUCAAAAGAUCCCUCUGAUGAAGAGUAUCGUGGAAUAAAACCAUUUUCAGAGCCAGAGAGUCAAACUUACAGGGAUUUGACUGAGCAGGUCCACUUUGAUGGUUUCCUAUCACUUCACUCGGGGAUUAAACAAAUUUACAUUCCAUUUGCAGAUUCUCUGUCUCAAAGAACAGGACGUGCUCCGGAGAACAUAAAGGAAAUGCUUAAACUGGCUAAAGAACUGUCCAAGUCUACUAUAUAUAAAUACCAAUAUGGUCAAGCUGCUAAACUCAAUGACUACUCUGCUGAUGGUUCAAUAUUUGACUAUAUGGCUGGAAGGAGAAAGGUAAAUAAUAUUUAUUUAAGAAAAAAAAAUUUCUUUAAAGACUUAUUACAGUGUAGCAAUAACAUGUGACCUUGACAUCAUUAUAGGCAUCAUUUCCAAGACAAAUACUGCUUGAUUCGAAAAAGAAAAUAGCAGUAUUUUAUUUCUAUACCAAUUUCUUUGGGAUAUGCACCAGUCUACAGGGAAAAAUAUAAGUUUGCCACAGAAUAUUUGAUCUCCUUCAGUAUAUGAGACAUUAUUUUUCAUAAAGCCUUUGGCUUAGCAUUUCAUCUUGGUCUUAUGAUUUAAAUUACCCGCAAGUAAUCACGCAUGUGCAAUAAGAGCACGUGAUCAAUACCGGAAACAGCGUGAGAAAGCACUCUUUAGCUUGACUUCUUAACAAAAAGUAGAGGAAUGGUUAUAGUCCUGGCGAUGUUGCCUUUGCCGUUGCCAGUGCCGUCCGCAAACUUGUACCUGGAUCAUAACUUUUUUAGUUCUUGGUGUAUUGUCUUCAUACUUGGCCACAACAACCCUUGGGACAAGACCUUUCAGUAGACCACACUUACCUUGACCUUCAUCCAUAAAUGACCUUGACCUUCAAGGUCAAAAGUCCAAAUUUUGCUUGUUCUUGCUAUUAUUGGCUGUAACUUUGUUAUUUUUUAAUGGAUUGUCUUUAAAUUUGAACAUAAAAAUCUUCAAGGAUUGCCCUUCAUAAUAACCAGACAGACCUUGACCUUCACUCAUAAAUGACCUUGACUUUGAAGGUCAAAUUAUUGAAAUUUUCAUUUUUUUGGCUAUUAUUGGCUGUAACUUUGUUAUUUUUGAAUGGAUUGUCUUCAAACUUGAACAUAAUAAUGUUCAAGGAUAACCCUUAAAAAUAACCAGACAGACCUUGACCUUCACUCAUAAAUGACAUUGACUUUGAAGGUCAAAUUAUUGAAAUUUUCAUUUUUUUGGCUAUUAUU